AACCGAGGUGCCCCUCACUGAAGAAUUAUUAAUACAUUAUGUUUCCAACAUAACAGAUAAGGUGACGCGAACAAGUUCACCAAUCAGUAUACAUCAAGAAUCCAUCCUACCAACAGAUACCGCACUCCCCAUUCAUCCACCACAUCGAAACCCGAAACCAUCAAUAUCACCAGAUCAAACCUCCAACAUGAAAGAAGGAAUCAUCCACCCCGGCCCAUCAGUCAAGAUAAUCGACUCGCCCAUCCCAACCCCAUCCGCAGACCAAGUCCUCAUCAAAGUAAUCUACUCCGGCUCCAACCCCAAAGACUGGAAAAUCCCGGAAUGGUUCGGCGAGCCCGGCAUCAUGAACCAAGGCGACGACAUCGCCGGCACGAUCGCAGCUGUUGGGUCCAACGUCACAGAAUUCAAGCCAGGCGAUCGCGUCGCCGCGUUCCACGAGAUGCUGACGCCGCAUGGCAGCUUUGCUGAGUACGCGAUCGCGUGGGCCCAUACGACGUUCCAUAUUCCGGCGCAUGUCCGAUUCGAGGAGGCGGCGACGCUGCCGCUGGCGGCGAUGACGAGUGCGUGUGGGCUGUAUCUGGAUCUGGGGUUGGCGCCGCCGUUCAGGCCGACGACAGAGGUGACGCCGUUGUUGGUGUACGGGGGUGCGUCGGCCGUCGGGGCAUUUGCGAUUCAGUUUGCCGUCAGGUCGAAUAUUCAUCCGAUAAUUGCGGUUGCGGGGCGGGGGAUUGCGUUCGUGGAAGGCCUGCUUGAUAAGUCGAAGGGUGAUGCGGUGGUAGAUUAUCGGGAUGGAGAUGAUGCGGUUGUUGAAGGGGUGGUGAACGCUUUGAAGGGUCAGAAACUGGGGUACUGCUUUGAUGCAGUGUCGGAGAAGGGCUCGUAUGAGAAUGCAAGUAAGGUUCUUGAGAAAGGAGGGCAUAUCGCGCUCGUUCUACCUGGAAAAGACUACAAGGAGAUCCCGGAGUAUAUCAACAAGCACACUACGAGUGUGGGCUGUGUGCAUAAGGAUGCGAAGGACCAUGGGUAUGUUUACUUUCGAUUAAUUGGACAAGGCUUAAAGGACGGCUGGUUCAAGCCACAUCCUCAUGAAGUCAUCCCUGGUGGUAUCAGUGGAGUCGAGAAGGGACUGACGAACCUUAAAAACGGAGUGGCGAGUGCCGUCAAGUACGUAUUCAAGAUAGAUGAGACACCAGGGGCAGAGAGAUCGACCUUGUGAAACGACCGAAGAAUUGUGAGAUAAUUCAUACUCAGCGCAAAGGAUAGAUAAUAUGCAGUCAUUUCUCUCCUUUAAUACGUACGCGAGGUCAACCGCUAUGUU